UUUUAUCCCAGUAGUCCCAUCCUUUCAAUUCAGAGUCCAAUCUGCCAUGUGCCCGCUGCUCCCCUCCCAACCCAAUCUUCUACUGGCGACCGCCACCGGCUCUACCACCACGACGGCCGCCGCCUCCCCGGCCUAGGGUUUCUUCCCACCUUCGAUCAUUCAGCUCCAACCCAGUUCUUCCAGCUCCGGCGGUCCUCUCCCGGGGCUUCCACCAUGGACGACUCGCUGCAGCAGCAGCGCCGGGAGGAGCAGAUUCUGUCCCUGUUCGAGUCCAUCGAGGACCGCGAGCUCCGCCGGUCCGCUCCCGGGGACCCAGCCGCCCCCGAUCAGUUCUCUGCCCCGUGUGAACCGGCCGAUUCUCGGCCUCCCGAGGCCGCUCCGGCAGGCCCCGCCGCCGCCCCUGCUUUAGCAUGGAAUAUUGCCGCCGCGGCCGGGUCGGCCCAAGCUGUGGCCGCUGCACAGUUGCCCGGGGUUGUUAACGUGAAAAGGAAGCGCGGGCGGCCGCCAAAGAAUGCUGCUUUGAUGAACAGGCAGCCAUGCCCGGCGGUGCCACCGGCAUCCCAGCUGAGAAAGCCAGUUGAGGAAGACGAGGAUGUCUGCUUUAUAUGCUUCGAUGGGGGCACCCUUGUCCUGUGUGAUCGCAAGGGUUGCCCCAAGGCGUACCAUCCUUCUUGCAUUAAACGGGAUGAGUCAUUCUUUCAGUCAAGAGCUAAAUGGAUGUGUGGUUGGCAUCUGUGCAGUACUUGUGGAAAGGGAGCUUAUUAUAUGUGCUAUACCUGCACUUAUUCUUUGUGCAAGAAUUGCACUAAAGAUGCUGAUUACGUAUGUGUAAGAGGAACCAAAGGAUUGUGCGGGACAUGCAUGAAGACUAUAAUGCUUAUUGAAAAUGUUCCGCAGGAAAAUCAGGAAAGGGUUCAAGUUGAUUUUGAUGACAAAACAAGCUGGGAGUAUCUAUUUAAGGUCUACUGGGUUAUUUUGAAAGAAAAAUUAUCUUUAACCAUAAAUGAGCUGACUCAAGCUAAAAAUCCUUGGAUAGAACCUAGUUUUGCAAUUCCUUCCGGUGAGACUUCUGGGAACUUGAGUUAUAGUAAUGGUGACAGAAGAUAUGGCUCAGGCAACUCCAAUGGAUUCCAAUCAACGCGUGUGCUCAGAGGAAGAAAAGCUAAAGAGCAGCCAAAGCUAAUUGAUAAUGAGGUACAAAACGAGCAAGUUAGCCUGGUUGAUGAACGACCAUCUUCUUCUCAAGAUGCAAAAUGGGCAUCUAAGGAGCUCCUGGAGUUUGUAGCCCAUAUGAAAGAUGGUGAUACAUCUGUGCUAUCUCAGUUUGAUGUUCAAGCACUUCUCUUGGAGUAUAUCAGGAAAAAUAAUCUUCGAGAUACACAUCGCAAAUGUCAAAUUGUCUGCGAUUCAAGGCUCCUCAACCUAUUCGGCAAAACAGUGGUUGGCCAUUUUGAAAUGCUAAAGCUGCUGGAUUCUCACUUUCUUGUGAAGGAGAAUCCCAAAAUAGAUGGAUUUAUUCGAGGAUCUAUAGUUGGUCCUGGUAGUAGCCAGGUCAAUAAUAGUGUACACAGUGAUACUCAGCAGCUGUUGGAUAGCAACAAAAGGCGCAAGACAAGGAAGAAGGUUGAUGAGAGAGUGCCACAAGUAAAUCCAGAUGAUUAUGCUGCAGCAGAUGGCCACAACAUUUCCUUGAUAUAUUUGCGGCGAAAUAUGAUGGAGAAGUUGCUUGAUGAUCCUGAAAAAUUUCAUGAUAAAGUUGUUGGAUCUAUGGUCCGCAUUAAAGUCUCUGGUAGCGAUCAGAAACAAGAUAUUCAUAGACUUGUUAGAGUCGUAGGCACGAGCAAUGUGGCAGAACCAUAUAAGGUAGGCGAUAAAACUGCAGGGAGUGUGCUUGAAAUAAUGAAUUUGGAGAAGAAAGAACUCAUGCCGAUUGAUGAGAUCUCAAAUCAGGAAAUUUCUGAGGAUGAGUGUGGACAAUUGCGCCAGAGUAUCAAAUGUGGGCAAAUUAAAUGGCUGACUGUGGGUGAACUCCAGCAGAAGGCACUGAAACUUCAGGAAGUGAGAGUUGAUGAGUGGCUGGAGUCAGAGUCAUUGAGGCUUAAUCAUCUUCGAGAUCGAGCAAGUGAAAAGGGACAUCAAAAGGAGCUUAGAGAUUGCAUAGAGAAGAUACAGCUCCUCAGUUCACCGGAGGAACGUCAGCGCAGAAUGCAGGAAAUCCCUGAAGUGCAUGCUGAUCGAAGCCUGGACCCGAAUCACAUCCCUCCAUAUGAAACCCCAAAGAAAAAAGAUGGUCUUGUCAGGCCGAGCAAUGGUCCUGGUAGAAAGAGGAGGCAGGCAGUCGCAGCACAGAGCGGGAGCAGUAUCCCGAACAAGAGGAGAAACGCAUCCCGGACUAGCCAACCGUCAGCUUCUGAUUCAGAGAGAGAAUCGUCUGGUCUAACUCAUGAGAUGAAUAAAAGGAGUCGGUUUGACCCUGCUGUCUCGGUAGUCUGUGCUCUGAAGAGCCUAGCCAGCAGAUCAGAAUCAGCUUCUGGGGUUGCUUCAGAAGUCUCACCUUCACCUCUCUCAACGGGAACUGACCAGUCUGUUAAUGAUGCGGAGAUUAAUAAGAUGUGGCACUAUCAGGACCCUACUGGGAAAACACAAGGGCCAUUUACCAUGUCCCAGCUGCGGAAAUGGAAUGGAAGCGGCCAUUUCCCUGCUGAUCUGCGGAUAUGGAGAAUAGAUGAAAGGCGAGAAGAUUCUAUACUUCUGAUUGAAGCAUUGAAUGGGAACUAUAUCAAGCAGGAACCGAGGAUGUCCUCUGAUGAUAGAACCGUCAACUUGAAUGGCUCAGGCAAUGCCAAUUCACCUCGGAGAGACAAAAACAUUGCUGAUGGUAGCCCCAAUCACAAGGAAGAAGGCCCUAGUUCUCCUCCUAAACCGAACAUAGAGGAUACUAACAAAGUCAUGGAGGGUCCUCCUUCCAGUGAAGGACGAAUCAUAACCGUUGCCGAAGUGUGGAACUCUCUAAAUGACGAUGCUCCCCUCUCUAUUGUUCAGUCUCAGCCACAACAUUGCAAUUCUGUUCAAUUACCCAGUAACCAAGAUGAGACUUCAUUGCAAGAAAACGAGAGUCAAGAAUCUCGACAAGACAAUCGGAAUGUACGGUUGUUUGGGCUUACUGAGGUUGUUCCAGCAGCAAAUAAUGGGCCCAAAAGUAACGAGAAGCGUAGCGAUGGUGAUGAGCCCUCAGGUCAGUUGUCAGGCCAGAACUGGAACAAUUCAGUUCCUGUAACCACUAUUGAUUCCUUGGACAAAUCACUUGAAACAAAGCAAGAGAGCAAAGGAAUUACUUUUCCCCAGGGGCCGACCUCUGCAGUGGGGUCACACAAUGAAGGGGUUGAUGAUAAUGCUGAACGGAACAAGCAGGGUAUGUCUUCAAACUUAUGCUCUCAGGAUGCAGCUCCAGCUUGGAGCAAUGCCCCUAGUCUAGUUCCUGAGGCCACUCAGUCUAAAGGAGUCACAGCCGAAUGGGGUGGUGGGUACUCUUCUGUUCCUUCUAAGCCAGUCGAUGCAUGGGACUCCACUCUCGGGUCGGGUAGCUCCUUGAGACCGACUGAUAUGCCAGGGAAUAAUUCUGCUCUGACGUUAACGAGUGCCCAGCCAACUACAGUAGUUUCAUCCCAAGCUCAUAACCCACUGCCCAUAGAAUCUUCUUGGCAAGCAAUAGUGAAUGAGACGAAUGACUUCGCCUCUUUAGGUGAAGAAUCAGUGUCAGAUCUCUUGGCCGAGGUUGAAGCAAUGGAGAAUGCCGGCUUGCCGUCUCCAACAUCAGCGAUGAAGUGUGGUCAUGAUCUGAAUGGUGACAGCAAAGACGAUUGCUUCAGUCCCAUAGAGGGGUUCGAUCCGACACCAGGCCCAGUAAAGAGUGAGGUCUUUACUUCGACUGUCGAACUCAUGGUGACUUCUCAGCCCACUGUCACUGCAGAUGAACCACAGAAUACGGCUUCUAAUGGAGGUCUGGGACACGCUCGGAGGACUUCUCACAAGCAUUCUUCUUCCACCACUGAACCCGAGAGAGGUGGGAAGCAGCAGAAUGAAGGAAACACGGGCAAUCAAUGGAAAUCGGAGCCCACCUCUGAACUCCCUCGUCCCUCGCCUCCCCAAUCAACCUGGCAAUUGCCGGGAACAUCUCCUCAUGCUUGGGGAGCGGUUCAAGGGAGCUCUCAUUGGGAAGGGACAAAUGAUGGCCAGACAAACAUGGACUUGGAGGCUCGGCAAAGUCAAUAUCAGAGGACUGGAAGUUUCAGCUCGGGCAGCGGCUCAGGGAACCAAGGCAUAUGGAGCAACCAGCAAAGAUACAACAGUGGGAGUAAUAGAUACUCUAGCCCACGAGAGCGGGGCUUCCAAGGUAAUGAUCAAGGUUAUGGGAGGAGCAACCGAGGACCAUGGAAUAGCAAUAGUAAUAGUGGUAGUCGGCAAUAUUCCAGCGGGGCCAGUGGGGGUGGACACAGACAGCAGCCACCCAAAGGGCAGCGUGUUUGUAAGUUUUACGAGAGCGGCUACUGCAAGAAGGGGUCCUCCUGUAGCUACUUCCACCCCUGAGUGAAGGCCUGGGCAUAGGCCUCUUUAAAUAGUCUCACGGGAGUCAAUUCUUUCUUGCGGUUAUCGGAUUUGUGUUGCUGGUCGUGGUCCAAGUGACCUUGUAAAGUGAAGGUCAGGGCAUAAGAAGUCAAUUUAUUAUUUGUGUCUCACCGUUGUAAUGUUGUAAUUCUUCUAGUGCCAUAGCACAUGUACUAUUUCAAGGAUUGAUCCAUACAAAGCUCCUCUCAAGUCUCCGGGCUCAUUUAUGGUUUGUA